UCCAAGGCCGAGAGCGUCUGUCAACAACGCCGCCGCCGCUGACCGUGGUCUCGUGGCCUAACCAGACCCAUAAAGCACUCCAGAAGAAGAGGAAGAAGACCUCCCUAGCUCUCCAGAACAGUGAAUAAGCCUUUUGGACCGUCACUGCCCGUCAACAGUAACAGCAGCCAUGAAGGAGGAAGAGAAGAAAGAGGAGAGAAAUAAAGUCAAGCAGAGGGAGCUCCUUUACAAACUGAUGAUCAGCCAGCUGUUCUACGAUGGCCAUCAGAACUUCGCACAGGAGUUGGCCGUCAUUGUGGACCAAGAAGCCACGGCCGUCUCCCCUUCAGACCGGCUCAUGAACAUAACCACCAUUGGACUGCAGCACGAACAUGAGGUGGAGCGGCCCCUCAACCGCCUGGAGUACACGCUGGGGCCCGGCCUCGACUUGGAGUACGAAACGGAACCCCAGACCAGCGCCCCCGAGCCAGCCAUGUAUGAGACCGCCUAUGUCACCUCCCACAAGGACAAGUGUCGUGCCGCAGCCUUCUCCAUGGAUGGGAGUUUAGUGGCCACGGGGAGUGUGGACGCCUCUAUAAAGAUCUUGGACGUGGACCGAAUGCUUGCCAAAAGUGACCCUGAUGCAGUGGAGCUCCAUCCAGAUGCUGUGGUUGGUCACCCAGUCAUCCGCACGCUGUAUGACCACCUGGAUGAGAUCACUUGCCUAGAGUUCCACCCGAGGGAGCAAAUCCUGAUAUCUGGCAGCCGGGACACCAAUAUCAAAAUGUUUGACUUUAGUAAGACAUCCGCCAAGAAGGCCUUCAAGACUCUAACGGACGCAGAACAGGUGACCAGCAUGUCAAUCCACCCCAGUGGAGACUUCUUGGCCGUCACCACCGAGGGGCCAGUGGUCAGGUUUUACGACAUCAACACGUGCCAGUGCUACGUGUGUCCCUACCCCCGGGAGCACCAUGCUGGGCCCCUCACCAGCGUGCGCUACUCUGCCGACGCCCGUGUGUGUGCCAGCGCCUCCAAGGAUGGAGACAUCAAAAUCUGGGAUGGGGUGUCGGGCCGCUGUGUGCAAACCUUCACCAAGUGCCACGACGGGGCUGAGGUCUGCUCCGUGCUCUACUCUCGGAAUGGCAAGUACAUCCUGUCGUCGGGUCUGGACAGCAUUGUCAAGUUGUGGGAGCUGUCAACGGGCCGUUGCCUCAUUGCCUACACUGGUGCCGGCUCAGUGGGCCGGCAGGAGCACAGCGCACACGCCAUGUUCAACCACACCGAAGACUUUGUCAUGUUCCCGGACGAGGCCACCACCUCCCUCUGUGCCUGGGACGCUCGCAAUGCCCAGAGGAAGAAUCUGCUGUCCCUCGGUCACAAUGGCCCUGUGCGACACAUGGUCCACUCACCCUGCUCGCCGGCCUUCAUCACCUGCUCAGAUGACUACCGGGCAAGGUUCUGGUACCGCAGGAAUGUCCACUGAGACCCUUCAACAAGACUGUGCUGAGGGUCAAGGGAAGGGCCUUUUAUCCAUUUUUUGUUUUAUAACAUUACAGUUUGGUGUUUCAGUUUGUACACACCUUGUAAUUAGUACUUAUGUCAAGAAUAAAGGGACCUUGGAAAAGUAAGCGGAAUUAAAAAUAGGAAUGAUUGUCAAAGUGAAGAAUGAUUAUCAUUCUAUUUUGACAGCAUUAGAUACUCAAUCUUUCUUAUGCUUGUCUAGCGAAAAAUAAGAAGAAGAAGAAGAGAAAGAAUGUUAUGAGCUAUGAUUAAAUAUCUGGAGGUGUGAGAA